AUGGAUUCGACUAGUCCCACGAUCACGGCACCCCCUCACAGCAACGCUGAGCGUGACCUCGAUAGCUUGCUUUCUUCUUUAGAACUGCUUGCGAGCAAAGCAAGUGAGAAGGGCAGCAGCUUACUGGACCAUGGUGAAACGCUAAUCAAGGAUAAGGCGUCCGCCAUCAGCACAGCUUUUGACGGAUCAGAAACAUUGAUCUCAGACAAGAUUGAGGAAGUGAAUUCUCGAGUGCUGAGCGCUAUGAAAGAGGCUGUAACACACCUGAAUGAAGGCAGCGAUAGCGGUGACGGCAGCGGCAAUAGCGCGGCUAGUGUAGACGUCCAGCGAAGCGUCGCCGCUGCUGCGGCUGUUUUGGGUGCCGUCUUUAUUGGCUUUGUAGCCGCUUGA